GGUAAUUUCUGCCGUACAGAAAAUAAGCGCCGCGAUAUUUAUAUUAACGCGACGAUCCCAGCCGCUAUGAAGCCCGGCAGGACUUUGGACAAGUUGCAGGCUUUAGCGAUGGUGCUGUGGUGUGGUGGAGGUGCUGCCUGGUGGUGCUGUCUGGGUACCGUCACGCUGCUGGCGGUGGGUACCAGACUGACAGGACUGCAAUUCCCUCCUGGCACCACGUGGGACGAGGUACACUUCGGAGGGUUCGCGAACCAGUACAUCAACCGCACGUUUUACCACGACGUGCACCCGCCCCUCGGCAAGAUGUUGGUAGCUGGGGUGCUGAGGUUGACGGGGUACCAGGCCACCUUCAGCUUCCCUACCAACACCCUCUACCCUGCUGACCUGGACUACGUGACCGUGAGGGCGAAUUCCUCCACGCACAGGGAGUGGUCGGUGUUAUGGUGGGUGCAGCUCGCGGCCACGGGGGUGUGGUUGGGUGUGGUGAUGAGCAUCAAAUAUGUGGGUGCCUUCACUGUAGCCUUCGUGGGAGUGCACACUGCAUACCAACUCUACUGCAUCACCACAAGCCAUCAUCAUCCGGAGCCCAGCGCAGGCACGUUCUACCACACGCGCUUCGUGGCGUCGCUGCGCAACACGGAGUUCGAUGACGUCAUCUUCCCCAGAUUCGUAGACUACGGAGCCAACGUGACCCUGAAGAGCAGCGUCGCCAUGUCAGGGUACUUGGAGUCCUGGUACGACCUGUACCCUUCUACCAUCACCGCACCCUGCCAGCAGGUCACCCUAGCCUCCAUCAAGGAUAUGGAGACCAUCACCUGGACGUUGCGGUAUGUGAACAUCACGGCGGGGUCCGUGGAGGGGGGGUCCGCAGGUGACGGGGUGGGGGGGCGGCGGGUGGUCCGUAGUGGGGACUACGUGGCCCUCACCCACCGGGACACGGGCCGGUCCCUGCGCUCCCACGGGCACCGCGCCCCCGUCACCCGCAGGCACUUCCAGGUCUGCGGCUACGGGGAUGACUAUGAGGUGGGUCCAUUCGAGACUUGGCAAAUCGUGAUACCAGGGGCAGCUGAGGGGGAUCCACUCAACCCACUCACGUCAGAGUUCAUGUUAAAACAUUACAAGAUGAACUGCUACCUUGCCAACCCCGACAACACUCCACUACCAGCUGACUGGGCAUACGAGUCGUCAAAGGAGGUGACCUGUACGAGGAACUCCAAGGCUAGCGGGCUGCUGUGGCACGUCCACUGGGUCAACCAAACCCGACUGCCGCUAACCCAGCGUCCCGCUGAGCACGCCAUGGGGCUGUGGGAGAAGAUCCUGCAGCAACACGAGGCCAUGUUCCUGGGCAACCAGGGCCUCAAACCCAAGAAAGAGGAGCUUGAGAUGUCAGCGAGGCCCUGGAUGUGGCCUCUCAUGUACCGGCUUCAGGUGCUUGCAAUUUACGACGAAGAAGACAUCGCUAAGCACAAAAACCAAACUUUAAAUUCAGCAAAAUACAAUGCGACCGAAAACACCGCAAAAAUUUCAAGCAACGACACUGAGGAGCGAAAUACGGACUCUCCUACAGCGAAAAGCUCCGAGCUCGCAGACAGAGAUUCACGUACAUUCAAUGUCUCAAAAUUCGAUAACCUGGACUCGUCAUCAAUAAAAAAUUUACCUACCGGAAUACAUAAUCCUGAUACGAUUUUAGGGAACGUAACUGCCAACACAUCGUUGAUCCCGAACAAUGUCUUGAUCAAAUCGACGCCCGACGAAGUUAAGAAGAAACGACCGGCUGGUAAAGAAAUAUUCGCGGUGUUUAUGAACAACCCCGUGGUGGCAUAUACGAAUCUGACGAGCUUCGUGUUAACGGUCCUGGUGAUGGUAUACCAUCUCUACAAGUACCUCAGGGGCGACCAGGAACCUGAGGAAGUGUACCGGCGGCGUCACACGGCGGUGGUGGCGAGCGCGUGGCUUGUGGUGGCGUGGGCAUUCCACUACCUGCCCUUCUUCACCAUGAGCCGCAUCCUCUACACACAUCAUUACUGCCCCGCCUUCCUCUACUCCUGCAUGCUUACGGGUGUGAUGUUGGGGCACGUGAGCGAGGCGACGGCCGCGUGGCUGGCCCCCAGCAGGAAGGAGCUGUUGAUGUCAGCGCUGCUGUGCGUGCCCGUGGCGGCGUUCCUCGUCUCCUACGUGCUGCUCUUCCCUCUCGCCACACACAUAGAGGGCAGGUUUGCAGACCGUCACCCCGAGCUGGGCCCCCGCCUGGACCUCCUCCACGCCGGGCAACUCUGGGCCGAACUCGGCUACAACGUCGACGCCAUCGGCAACGCUGUGGCCGUUACACGCAUCUCCGAGCUGGAAGUGACGAACUGGAACAAUUCUGACGUGAACGUCACUCUUUACUACGGCACUCCGUUGAACUCCAGGCCCGUAGCAGCGCCCGUUGUAGAGCCCGUCUCUGCCAGUAACUACUCUACAUGGAGGACGUCGGCUGGCCUCCUAGAACGGGCCAUCAACUUAACGGGCCCGGACAAUAAUUUGAAAUUAUGAGAUGUUCUCACUUAAUUGUUUUGACUAUCUCGGGCUGGCACUUGCCGGUAACGAUAGAUACCUGUAAUGAUUUGGUAAUUUCCUUACAGGGUUUACAUGCAAGCGCAUGGGCUACCUGCGACAACAGGUUACCUGUUUUAACUUUUACACUAUUAAAAGUUUUAUUUUAAAUCAUCAUAAGUUGGCGAGUGCGGAAGUGGAAGUUGGCCUUGAAACUCAAAUACGUCAUUACCAGCGAAACUUUGGAGCUUUCCUUCUCCAACUCAGUUUUGCUAUCUAUGCUUUCUCACUUAAAAUAUUUUAUGAUGUCUGCAGUCAAACGGACUUGAUUUUAGCAGUACGCUUUAAAAGGCUACUAUAAUGAGGUAGUGCCAAUUCUAACGUAAUGCCUUUUUUGAAUAAUUUUCAAUAUUUCGUAUUAAAUAAAAUCUAAGUAUAAA